AUGAGGGAGGGCGCCUACCGCGGCCGCAAGAACGCACUGGUGAGCCUCCACGGGGUGCUCCACAGCGCGAGCAACAUUGGGAAGGCCGUGUCCGCUAGCGCCGUGAGCGUGCUCGCCAACCUCCUUUCCGACGACCGUCAGGACUUUGUGGAUGGCUCUGUCGCUCUGCUCGCGACGAUUGCCGAGCAGCCGGCCGGCGCGACGGCCAACCUUGCCAGCUCGGACCUCGUCAACUUCCUAGGCGCGUCGGCGUCUCGAUCGGGGAAGGACCACUACAUGGCGUUGUUGGCCUCGAUGUGCUGGCACAGAGGGGAUAAGGUCAUCGCCCUGAUGGGCAAGAUGACUAGGCUGAUGCCCGCGCUAUACGCGAUCAUCGCCCACGCCAUCCCUCUGACUCACUUUGCAAAAAGAAAAACUCUAGUACAUGUGUAUUCCUGCUAUUUAAGCCACAUGUCCGGUCAACGCCACGUUGUCCCACAACAGCGCCACGUAUGCUAA